AUGGGUGUCGAAAUGAUGGCAUUAGUUGUGCCAGUUGUCGGAUCAGUUGACCACUUGAUGGCUGCCGGUCUGUAUGACAUAACCACCCAAACGCUCGGAAAGGGACACUUCGCUGUCGUCAAACUGGCCAAACACUGCCUCACAGGUGAAUCGGUGGCCAUUAAGAUCAUAGACAAAGCAAAGCUGAACAAAGAAGGUCUGCAACAGUUGGGGAUUGAGAUCCGUUUGUGGUCUCGACUGUCGGAACAUGAACACGAAAAUGUGGUUAAAUUAUAUCAAGUGAUCGACACGAGAACCAAAUUAUAUUUGGUUAUGGAAUACUGUGGUCAAGACGUGUGUGAUCUCUACGAUCACAUCCAGAGACGAAAUCAUGGAAACGGAUUGAGAGAGAGUGAAGCGAAACACAUUUUUCGUCAGAUCUGUUGUGCGAUAUCCUACUGUCAUUCCCUGCAGAUUGUUCACAGAGAUCUCAAACCGGAAAACAUACUAAUCAUAGCCCAGCCAUUAGAACAACUGAACCUAAGAAUCAAAUACCCUUUGGUUAAACUCAUAGACUUUGGAUUUUCUAACCAAUGGGCUGAGGGAGAGAUGUUGAGGACAUCGUGCGGAUCACUGGCCUAUUCCGCACCAGAAAUACUCUUAGGUGACCAUUACAACGGACCUAAAGUAGAUAUUUGGGGUUUGGGUUGUAUUUUAUACAUUCUGUUGUACGGAAACAACCCAUUCAUGCAAAUCAAUGACAGCGAAACGUUGUGC